GUCCAAUCAUCAAUGUUUCCCGAAGAAUUCCCAUGAAAGGAUCUAGUUUAUUCAAUGUAUACGAACUUCAGUGUAACAAUAUGCACAUCGAAUAGCAUGCCCGUCUAUCCGAAUCCAGUAAUUAAGCUACAUGCUACGCCCAAUUACCAAGUCAACAGAUAACCAGGCUUUUGCAGCUAGCUAUCCAUAUUCCCUACACGAGCUGCAGCAUAACAGUUACCUUCGGUUUUCUUUCCGACUCGGUCCACCAACCCUCGGGUCAAUAACCACCCCCGACGAAUCCCCUCAAUGUUUCUUAAGAGGGGAACUGCAAACACCGUCAGCGUAAUAAUGAAUCCCGAGGGUCCUUGACUUGCCUGCGGGCCGUAUAAAGUAACCUUAGUAUCCAACCCAACAGGACUCACACCUCUCUACAACUAUCGUUCACCCAUCCAAAUAUGUCCUUCUCCGUUGAAGGAAGAUCUGCUAUCGUGACUGGAGCAGGCUCGGGUAUCAACCUCGCCUUUGCCAAACUCCUGCUAGAAAACGGGUGUAAUGUCCUCAUCGCAGACCUAGCACUCCGCCCAGAGGCACAGGAAGUAGUCCACAAGCACUCAGCAUCGUCUAGUCGCCCCCGUGCUGUUUUCCAAAAAACCGACGUAACAGACUGGAAACAGCUAGAGGUGAUGUUCGAGGUAGCCGAGAAAGAGUUUGGGGAAAUCGACAUAGUAUGUCCGGGGGCUGGGGUUUACGAACCGCACUGGAGCAAUUUCUGGCGUCCUCCCGGCACACCCGAGAGUCGGGACCCACAACAUGGAGGCCGGUACGCCCUGCUGGACAUCAACUUGACGCAUCCGAUUCGCACGACGCAACUUGCUCUAGCGCAUUUCGGUCGCCGUCGGACUGGUGGACGUCGGAAACACAUCAUUCAUAUCUCUAGCAUUGCUGGCCAGAACCCGGCCCUGGCGGCGCCGAUUUAUGUCGCUACUAAACACGCUAUCAAUGGACUUGUGCGGUCGUUGAGCAAGCUUGACCGCAAGCUUGGGAUUCGCGUUACGGCCGUUGCGCCUGGUGUGAUCAAGACUCCUCUGUGGACUGAACACCCCGAGAAGCUGAAGAUCGUUGACAAUGCAAACGAUGAAUGGGUUACUCCUGAGGAGGUGGCGCAGGUCAUGCUAGCUCUGAUUCAGCAGGACAAGGUUAGUGAAAUUAUCUGUGACAAGUCUCGUCAAGGGCCACAGUUCCUUGUGAGGGGGGGAACUGUGUUGGAGGUGUCCAAGACUGUGCGCUCUGUCAGUGCGUUUAAUGACCCUGGCCCUGGGGAAAGAGCCGGCAACACGGUUUCAGAUAUGAAUGUAUUGGAGGACGAAGUCUUUGAGUUGUUAUCUCAAGAAGGAUGGGGUACCCCGAAAUUGUGAAGGAUAUACGAGACAUGACUUGAAUAGUAACGAAUCUUGAAGCCUCAUUUUUUGGGUGGUGUAGACUUGCCUAGGGAAUAGAGCCGUAUCCUAUCAAAAGUAUUAGCAAAGAACCGCAACCAGAUAUAGUACUCAAUAACUAUUGCUAUUGACCGC